AUUGAUCAGUUUGACAUUCCAGUGAAAACGUUCACCGCGCACAAGUUCCGAGUGAUUUUACUCAGUAAUUAGACAAAGUAAUUAGUGAAGAUGUCUUUCUACCCAUUGUAUAUUGAGUACGAGCGCCCACGGCACCGCCAGUUGCCCGACCAACAUUUCGGGUUAGGCCUGACUCCGCGAGAUUACCUCACCAUUCUGGCAAUGCCGCAAGCAAACAGAGACUACUACAGACCAUGGAGGAACUUGCAAGCCACCGCCCGGGACGCCGGUUCAACCAUCAAGGAGGAAAAGGACAAAUUCCAGGUGAAUUUGGACGUGCAACACUUUGCUCCAGAAGAAAUUUCAGUCAAGACAGCUGACGGCUACUUGAUCGUCGAAGCCAAGCAUGACGAGCGGCAAGACGAACAUGGAUUUAUUUCUAGAAGCUUUACGAGGAAGUAUGCGCUUCCUGAAGGUAUUCAGGCUGAUCUGGUGACUUCUAAGUUGUCUUCCGACGGAGUUUUGUCUAUCAUGGCCCCUCUUAAGGCCCCACCGAAGGCAUCUAAUGAGAGAAUUGUGCCUAUAGUUCAGACUGGACCAGUGAAGAAACAAGUGGAAGGCGAAAAGGAAGAAAAGAGCUAGGUUUGAAAGUUUAUUGCAUUUAGAUUAACCGUUCCUGUUUGUUUGCGUGUUUGUUUGUAUUUGUGUGAUUGUAAAUAAGUUUCUUGGGACCUGUGUAAUUGUUUUAUUCACAUAUUGUGACAACUGAACUGAAUUCUCGAUUUGUGUAAGUUACGUUAUAAUUUUUUAAUAAAAGAAUUGGUUAUAAA